AUGUCUUGCAUUGCGCCUUUUUUGCCGGCGCAGAACUAUAACGACUCCAAAGGCUUCAUCGAUGGCCGGCUAUGUUCGAACCUGACCGGCACCACAUGCUGUCUGCCGUGCCCGCUCACGGACUGGGUUUACCCGGACAGUUUCGUCACUCUCGGCGUCGCCGCGGACUGGAUCGCCGUCGUCAGUACUAUCUGCUGCGUCGCUCUGCUAUUGUCGUGGGCCCUUUUGCCCGUCGACAAGACGCACCGACACUAUCUCAGUAUCUGCUUGACCUUCAGCGUCGCCCUUCUCAGUCUCGGCUUCGUCGUCCCGCUCGCCGCCCGCCCGCAACAAUGCGCCGAUGCCAUUACUCCAAACGGUAUGCACUCCAGCAGCGUCUGCGGCGCGUCUGGCGCGCUCCUUAUUCUCGGCGGCUGGUCAGCCAUUAUGUGGAUUUUCUUGCGCUCGCUGUCCCUGCACCUGCAGAUCUGCUGGCAAGUUGUAGUCGGCCGUAGCUUCAUGUGGGUGUCGCAUGUCACCGGCUGGGGCAUCCCCGUCCUCGGUACCACCCUGGCCCUCGUCUUCAGCGGCGUGUCCUUCCGCUUCGGUACUACCUGCCACAUCAACCACGAGAACUGCUUGGCGGAUUUGUGGAUUCCGUUGCUCGUCUUUGCCGGCUUGUCCAUUGUUGUGCAGCUGGUCACAUUUGGCUACUGCAUCAAGGUCUAUCUGGCCUCGCUCAGCGACAACGCCGCAUCGACCGAGAACUCGGGCCUGCCUUCGUACAGCAACAGCAUCCGUACCAUGACGCCCCGACAGGCCUACCGCCGUGUUCGCCGUGUCAUCCAGCUCCAGUGGCGCGGUAUAGCCAUCGUGCUCAUUAUCGUCAUCGACGUCAUCUUCUUCAGCGUUGUUUUCGUGUUCCAGGACAACACCGUGGCCGCCAUCAGUGCCGACCCAGCAAAGGCUACUACCUGGCUGAUUUGCCUCGCCACACACGAGGGCGACAAGAACAAGUGCCUCGAUGACGCUGCCGCCUUUACCGUCAACGAAGCUACCAUCGGUGCCGUUCUCGUCCUGCUUGCAAUGAACGGCAUCUGGCUCGUGUUCCUUCUCGGCCGCCUCUCCAUGGCCCACGGCUGGGUGGACUUGCUCACCCCCGCGUCGCGGCGCAACGCCAAGCGCGAGUUCGUUUCCGCCGAUGCACGGCUCGACGACCUCAAAAAAGAUACACGUUCGUACGAGAUGCUCUCACGAGAUGCCUCAUCCUCAGCGGUGGAGGCAGGCGGCGGCGGCCAUGGUGGUAUGGAUGCCGCCAUGGCCAUGUCUGCCAGCAACAAGGACAACGACAUAGUAACCAGCUUUUCCUCACCAACAGGCCUCGCGUCACGAUCAGCCAUGUCCCCGUCGAUGGCGGGAAGCCGGGGCCCCGGGGCUGGUCACUCGUCGAUGUCCCCCGGGUCGACUCAUGAGUCGUCGCGUAUCGCGUCGCCGCCGCCGGCUCUCAUGGACUUGAACGCAGCAGCGGGUCUCGGCCUGAGCAACGGCGCCAGCAACAACCGCGGUAGCAGCGGCGGCGACACCAUCGGCAUGGGCUACAACGGUAGCAUCAACCAGCAUGGCCGCUAUGGCAGCCACAGCAGCUACGCAACCGCCACAGGAGCUGGCGGUGCCGCGAACGGCACACCCAGUGGGCGCCGCACGCCUGAUUACUUCGGCCAGACUGCGCGCUACAACGCGCCCGCGCGCUCCUUCUCCAAUCCGCGUCCACCCACCGCCAACUCCAUAAACGGACCCAGUGGGCCAGGCUCCUUUGGCAGCCCAGCAACUAGCACCCGGACGUGGGAUGCCAGCCAGACAUAUGCGCGGGCAACAUCACCACCGACGUCCCCGCUGGCAGCGGGCGGCCGCUCGGAACCGAUCCGGAGCCACAGUCGUUUUAGCAGCCGCGGUGAGAGCCGGGGUGGCAACGACUUCGAUACGGACAACCGUCACCCGCUGGGCAUGAACCGGAUAUGA